AUGCGUACAACAAACCUUAACGAUAUCGCUUCUAAACGUCCGUCUGAGGCAAAGUCAGAUAGACCGGCUUCUGCCCAGCCCAUUCCGAGUUGUCCGGGCCGGCUUCUGACCUCUUCUGUAGGCAGCCCCAACACCGGCGCAGCCUGGCCCAAUAGCCCACGUUCCCUCCGCAACCGGCCCGCGCCCCCCCCUCCGCCGCCACCGCCGCCCGCACAGCAGCCUCCCGCCACACUCUCGACUGCUCUCUCCUCUCCUCCUCCGGGCGUCUUCUUUCCGCCCAUCCAUGUCCGUUCACUCUCACAUUCUGCCGUCUCUUUCGACUCUGAUUCUGUCAGUCGGACUGCCGUGAAUCACGGUACCGAUCUCUCGCUCAACAGCCCCGGCGGAUCUACCACUUUAGCCUCCAGUCCGAUGAGUCUCAGUCACCCCAGUCUGUCGGGCCGGGCUUCCGUGGUCUCCUGGACGGCCGAGCCAUCGUCGCCCGGCCAGCCGACCUCUGGUGACCUCCUGCUCCAAGUCCCGGCUGGACGCAGUCGGUCGCCAUGUGAAUCCGACUCCUGUCUCUGUUGGUCGGUCUCCGAUGUGCCCGACGCCGUCUGUCCUCCGCACUGGCUCGCGAUGGACGAACAAACCAAGCCGGCGAGGUCCAAUUUCCUCGGAGGCCAAUGCCCGGCUGACCUGCUGCUGCAACAGACCUGUCCACAUUCACACAAGCCCAAUCAUCACAGUCCCCUCCUUCAACCCAAGCAUCCGGCUAUUUCACACUAUGCCUCUGCAAAGGCGUUUUCACACGCAGUUUCACAGUCCUGCCAGCCUGAGCCCAUCUCAGCGGCCAAGUCGGAAUUGUGUCUUGGCGCCACAGCCUGCUCCCAUCUCUGCCCUCAUCAUCAUCACCACCCCCACCACCACCACAUGCACCCACAUGUGCCCUACACUUCUCAGGCUCGCCUGUAUCCCCACAUGCUGCCCUGCAUGGCCAUUUCGCCUCCACCGGCAGCCGAACAAGAGCCUGUACCGAGGCAACCCGGCAAGAAACAGGCGUACGGCUCCUUUCUCAUCAAUCCCUUGUCACGACUCACCAAAUGCAAGCGCAAAAAGUCCCUUCGCAACACCUCGGAACCCGUCCCGCUGGACGGCAAACAGCCGUUGCCAAGCGAGUCUAUACCCGAGGUGGUCUGCGUCCCGAUGCAGAUGCCAACUUGCCACUGCCACUGCGAGUGCUCAUGUCGAUGCCCAUCUGCCUACUCCAACCUCUGUCCAUAUCGAGGCGCCAUGUACUCUAUGCCCUUCACACGAUGCUCUUGCUCCCGAUUUUCGGUAUCUCAACCCGACAAAAGGCCACAUUCCACCUACCAGUCGUGCCAGGCGGCUGGUCAGGUCGGUGACAUGAAAGAAUCUACCCGAAUGAAGGGCCUCUUUCGGUCAAAAGACAGCCGACACUCGAUCGGAACGCCCGGACAGGCUGCCCGCGGAGUCCAGCAUCGUUCGGAAAACCUAUGGCACUUGGACUCUAUGCUGCAGGCUGGAUUCCAAUCCGCUUUGUCUGCGCCCAGACAGUCCAUAAAGAAGACUGACGAAAAUGCCAGAAGAGGCGAAAACUGCGGCCAGCGCGAGGAGCCAACAAGAGGAGAAGAUAAGAAAGAGGGCGUUGUGGCAAAAGAAGAAGAAGAAGAAGAAGAAGAAGAAGAAGAAGAAGAAGAUGAAGAUGAAGAAGAGAAGGAAGAAGUAGGAGAGGAGGAGGAA